AACCGGGCUCAUUAAAUAAGAGCUCGACAAUAUUACAGUGACCUUGCCAGGGGCGUAUCUCUUGGCUAGGUUUGAAAUGGCUACGUCUUAGCCGGGCAUUGCUUUCAUUUAAGUGUUCUGGCCUAAGAUGGCACUGUACGUCAAGGGCACAUUGUGAACCUUUAACUUGAAAGCAGUUCUUUGAUACCGAGCCGAUAUGUUUGUUGCUGCCCUCAGAAGAAAGGCAUGUUUGAAAAUCCAAAGGGCAGGCAAAUAUUUUAUCAAGCCUGAAUAAGAGAUAUGCCAACGUGAUGUUUGCUGUGCCCGUGUGUAUUAUUCAGUUCCCGAAUGCUCCCAUUAAGUGAUUUAGAGAUCUCAUCUAAAACAAUGCGUCGUUUCUUGGAGUUCCUCAAAAUCGUGUUUCUUCUGGCUGUGGUGGCCAUGGCGGCUCCCGCUGGUCAAGGAGAAGAUGUUGACCCUGAAGACCCAGAGGUCCAGGCCUGCGCCACGUUUGCUGUCGAGUCUUUUAAUCGCUUCUACCAUGAUCCACAUGUGUACCAGAUCACCGAAAUCAAGAGUGUCAGGAGACUGAAUGUUGGUGGAGGUCAAUAUGAAAUAGACCUGGAGGUGAAAAAGACACAGAACCUAAAGGAAAAUCGCUCCAACCCCAAACCUAAAGACCCAACUAACAGAGAGGGUCCAGAGGUGAUGCAGUGUUACUUCAGUGUUCUGUCAAGUAAAUGGAGAAACCAGAGGACAUUACUGAGAAGCAGCUGCCAUUAAUGAAUCUUCACUACGGAGCUUCACCGCAAUACUUCACGCCUUUGGUUUUAAUGCUGAAAAACAAUUUUAACAGUUGCAUUAGU